AACACCAAAAGCAUUAAUAGUGAUGGCAAACAUUGCAGUAACAAAAAAAGCACUCACUUAUUUGUUAGGGGUAUGUGUACCUUCUACUAAACAAAAUGCUGCUAAAAUACGAGUACGUCAAUUACAAUUCGAUCAACACCUUUUAAUGUACUUUAACAAAUACGAAUUCUUUUAUGCUUCUGAUCCUGAAAAACGUUGUAAAACAGGUGAUACAGUUUUAAUACAAAAUUUACCAGAAAAAUUAACACGUGUCAUCACUCACAAAGUUAUUGAUGUUAUUUAUCCACUAGGUGAUAUUACAGACCCUAUCACUGGUAAAAAGGUUGUUGGAUCAAAUUACAGGGAUACUAUAGAUGAAGAUUCUUCACUUUUUGGAGAGUUAAAAUCUAAAUAUAAUUAUGACAAAGCACCAAAAAGAGGACGUAUGGCAAACAAACGAGAUUUUACAGAAAGAGAGACUUAUAUGAAAUAUACAGAUGAUCCAGAACAUUCUGAUCCAUAUGCUAUCAACCCAUCAUAA